AUGCCUAGUAUUAAGAGUUCUUCAGUCAGGGGGGGACUCUGCUUGCUGAGUCAGGAGCUGAGGGUCCACCUCAGCCACUGGUCCUGUCUGUUCUCCAGAGUCCAGCAUGACCCCCCCCUGAGAGCGGCUCUGAGCCUGCAGUCCGAGCUGCUGCUGCAGGUCAGAGGCAGUCUGGAGCUGCUGGGGGUGCAGGCGCUGCUUCUGGUGGAGCAGUAUGUGUACGCCCUGCUGUGUGCUGUGGCCCACACUGAGGGGCACUGUGUCCCCAGAGAGCUCCUGCAGGACAUUUUGGCUGGCACGGAGCUGUAUAACCAGGCGGUGGGAGAGCAGAGAGCGCAGCACAGCGCCACCCAGCUGAGGACUGCAGUGUUACAGCAGGCUCAUUACCCCCCCCUGGACUCCAGUCAGCCCAGCAGCAGAGGGCCUCACCCUGCUGCCUUCUCCCUCAAAGAGCUGAUGAGGAUUUUAGCAGUGCAUCAGGCAGAUGUGGCAGCCCAGCAGCUGCACUGCAUGGCCUCUGAACAGACCCGCGAGGCCUCGGCAUGUUGUCAGAACUCAUCCAGUCGGGGGGCCGGGCCCCGCUGCAGGCCCCCUGAACUGAGACCUGAGUGGACCUGGGAGCAGCUACAGCAAACCUACCUCACCCCCUCUCCUCUCUUCUCCACCAAUCACCCCCCCGUCCUGCAGUCAUCAUCUUGUCACAGAUGCCAUCAGACUCCUCCUGUUUACAUCCCUGACCUUCAUGUAGACAGAACACUCUCUGAAAACCCCCAUCCUGUUCAAGCCAAGCCCCCCCCUGUCCACCACAUGCCCGGGUGCUUUGACAAAGGCCACACAGACACCCCCCCGACCAGUGUGAAUGCUUUUAGGUUAGCCAAACCACAUGUAGAAAAAGAGACCAGCUUAGAAAAACAAUGGCCGACCAUCUCCUUCCCUCCAGCCCCCAUCCAGCCCCCCUCCCUGUCAGGGCUCUGCCAACAGGACCAGUCCUCAGUGGAGCUUCUGUUUCAGGUGCUCCUCUCCUCCAAUGAGCUGCUGGCUCCACUAGUUUCACAUGCAGCUGCACCUGGAGCUGAUCAGCUACUCUCUCACACAGCAGCAGAGGUGUUCUCAGUCAAUGGGAAGGCUCCAGUCAGAAAUAGAGCUGAUUCAGCAGAUUGGAAUAUUGUGAGUACAGAACUGAACAAAGACCAAUGUGUGGAUGGUCUGCAGGAAUGGGCUGAACUGGAAAUACCCCCCCGGCCAGAAGCUGCUGUCAGGGAUGGAGCCCCAGAGAAGGAGGAGCCUGUGGGUGCAGAGGGGGCCACAGAUGGAGCACGCUGGCCUCACUCGGUACAGUGGCUGGACGUGGGUCAGUCUGUGUUAUUUGCAGAUGUGUGUGGGCAGUACCGCAGCCUGCUGUGGGCGCUGUGCAGCAAGGCCCUGAGGCUGCAGCUGCAUGUGCCACCUGCAGGGGGCACUACAGGGAGCAUCAACCUCCAACACACACUCACAGGGUUCCACAUCCUGAACAGCAUGAGGCACGCUUCACACACAGGUAACGGUGUGCUAACACAGCGUGACCAACAAGCAGUACUCGAGAGGUGA